UCCAUUCUACAUUUGUACCUUACCUGUACAGAAGAGCAUGAUGUGCAUGGUUACCUGUCCUCCAUCCUCCCACAGCAGGUGAUGGACCACUGUAAACAGAGAUUGCUGCUAAUGCUCAUGUGACAUACCGGGGGACAGAGCCAGCACCAGCAAGCAACUACAGCAGCGACAGCUGAGUAACACAAGGAGGAGGAGUCAACUCUUUCCCAGACAAUACAAUGCACACACAUACAAUGUAUCACGGCUAAACGCUGUUACCAUACAGUAGCUACAUCUCUCUGCUCUGCAUUCAUGUCUCUGCAUAGAGGCCAGGACACCAGCACCAGCUAGCCUCAGCAUCAGCAUCUCCUUGGCUGAAACAGAAAGACAGACCUCCUCUGUCCAAAAUCAAGGAACUAUAUGAUCAUCCAUUGAACUGUCAGACUCCCUGUCUGUGUCAUCUGAUGCUGACAGAGGUGAUCCCAGGACCUGCUUGAGGACCCAGCUAUCAACACUAGCUUUUCAUGAAGAGAUCUGUGCUUGAAUUUUAAUGUUUUACAGUACCUCAUCACAUUCAAGUUGGCGUCUCUGUAUUGCACUGGAAUGCUUGUUUGUUCCUUCCCCGGACCGUAAGCGUGAAGACUCAGAAGAGCCGACUUGGACGAUGCCUUCUGAGAUAUGCCUAAGUGUUCAAGAAAUGCUAACAGGUCAGAGGCAUUGCCAGUCAAUAUCGCACAAAGAUGCUGUUUUAUCUGCAUUAAACCAGCAAAGAAAUGAUGGGAUAUUAUGUGAUGUUACCCUUGUUGCUGAAGACCAGAAAUUCCACGCUCACAAAGCAGUAUUGGCAGCUUGCAGUGAUUAUUUCCGGGCAAUGUUUAGCCUGUGCAUGGUAGAGAGUGAAGCUGAUGAAGUGAACUUACAUGGUGUCACCAGCAUUGGUCUAAAGCAAGCACUGGACUUUGCCUAUACUGGACAGAUUCUCUUGGAACCAGGAGCAAUCCAGGAUGUGUUGGCAGCUGGAAGUCAUCUGCAAUUGCUCGAACUUUUGAACUUGUGUUCACAAUACCUUGUACAGGAACUAAAUAACUUGAAUUACUUGGACCUGUAUAAGCUUGCAGAUCUGUUUAAUCUGACAUUGCUAGAGAACGCCGUGGUGGAUUUUCUUGUAAAACAUUUGUCUGAGCUUUUAAAAGGCCAUCCUGAAGAAGUCCUUGCACUACCUUUCCGCCUUCUCAGAGAGGUCUUGAAGAGCGAUCAGUUUACUUCACUUAGUGAAGAACAAAUUUGGCAGCUGGCUGUCAGGUGGCUGGAACAUAAUUGCCGUUAUCAGUACAUGGAUGAACUACUGCAGUACGUUCGCUUUGGCCUGAUGGAUACAAACACACUUCAUACAGUUGCCCUGUCUCAACCUUUGGUUCAAAACAGUGAAACAGCAACAGCACUUAUUAAUGAAGCCUUGGAGUAUCACCAGAGCCUCUAUGCACAACCAGUAUGGCAGACAAUACGAACAAAACCACGUUUCCAGUCAAACACACUUUACAUUGUUGGGGGCAAGAAAAGGGAGAUCUGCAAAGUACGAGAACUUAGAUACUUUAACCCAAUGGAUCAGGACAAUGUCCACACCGGGGAACUAUCAAACUGGAGUGAGUUAACCCCUAUGCCAGUAGGGCGAAGCCAUCACUGUGUUGCUGUCAUGGGAGACUUUCUAUUUGUAGCCGGAGGAGAGGUUGAACAUGCCACAGGACGCACUUGUGCAGUAAGAACUGCUUGUCGUUACGACCCACGUAGCAAUACAUGGAUUGAAAUUGCUCCCAUGAAGAACUGCAGGGAGCAUUUUGUCCUGGGUGCACUGGACAAUUGCCUUUAUGCAGUGGGAGGCAGAAAUGAACUAAGACAAGUCCUACCAUCAGUAGAGAGGUACUGUCCUAAGAAAAAUAAGUGGACUUUUGUGCAGUCUUUCGACAGAUCUCUUUCGUGUCAUGCAGGAUGCAUAGCUGAUGGCCUUCUUUGGAUAUCAGGUGGAGUCACAAACACGGCACAAUACCAGAACAGGCUAAUGGUGUAUGACCCAAGCCAGAAUAAAUGGAUCAGUCGAAGCCCUAUGUUGCAAAGAAGAGUGUACCAUGCAAUGGCAGCCGUCCAAAGGAAGCUUUAUGUACUAGGAGGGAAUGACUUAGAUUAUAACAAUGAUCGUAUAUUGGUGCGGCACAUAGACUCCUACAAUAUUGAUACAGAUCAAUGGACACGCUGCAAUUUCAACCUGCUCACAGGUCAAAGCGAAUCUGGAGUUGCUGUGCAUAAUGGGAGGAUUUACUUAGUCGGUGGUUAUUCAAUUUGGACAAAUGAACCAUUGCAGUGCAUACAGGUUCUUGAUGUUAGCAGAGACGGCAAGGAGGAAGUAUUUUAUGGACCUAGACUACUAUUUCCUUCUAAUGGGAUUGCAGCAAGCUUUCUACCUGCUCCAUAUUUCUCUUGUCCUAACCUUCAGACUUUGCAAGUUCCUCAUCACAGGAUAGGCACUAUGUGAUAACUAUUAGCAACAAUACCGUUAUAUAUAUAUAUAUAUAUAUAAAAAAAAAUUCAAUGAGUCAAGUGCUAAGAACGCAGUCUUUCAAGUAGGUUAACAUAUUCAUGUGGUCUCAGCUCUUCUUGUGACAAUGGAUAAGUUACUACGUGACACCACAAGCAUCGAAUAUUAGAUUGUAAGCUUUUCAGAGCAGGGAAUUAAGGUGCCUGAAAAAAAAGGACUCUAUAGUACAGUAUACAUUGCUAUUUCAUUGGUAUGCUGGAAUUAAUCAAUAAUCAAAGACCAGUGAAUAUGCAAAAUGCUAGUUUUUCACUGCACCAUGUAUGAAGACUUUGUAAUCU